AUGGAAGCACCAAGACGUCGAUCGCUCGUGGGAAACAACCGAAAGGGCAGCAAACGAGCUCUGACGGAGAUGAACAAAGACGACGACCGUGUUAAGGCGGCGAAUGAGGAGUUCAACGACGUGGAGGUGUGGAAUACGCUGAGUAAUGGCUUCAAGCGUGCGCAACUCGUUCUCGACCAGAACCGUGACUUGCUCCAACGCGUCAACGACAACCAUCUCUCCCGAAUCCCAGAGAACGUCUCCAGGAACGUUGGCUUGAUUAACGAAAUCAACGGUAAUAUCUCGAGAGUUAUGAAGAUUUACACCGAUUUAGCGGUCGAUUUCGCAAAAAACUUCGAGGCGGCCAAGAGUGGCGACACUACUGCAACCACCUCCGGUUCCUACGGCUGUGGACAGAGCUCUUGUGGUUCUUGA